AUGCUUUCGCUCCGCACCCUGGCCCCUCUGGCCGCCCUGCUAGCCACUGGCACCGCUGACCUUAAGGCCUGCAGCGGUGACCUGCCCUUCUCGUGCCGCAACAGCACCGAGAUCGAGAAUACUUGCUGCUUUGUUAGCUCCGGUCUGCUGGCUCAGACGCAGUUCUGGGAUUACGACCCUUCUACCGGCCCAUCUGACUCCUGGACCAUCCACGGUCUGUGGCCGGACUACUGUGACGGCAGCUAUCCCUCGUCGUGCGACAGUAGCCGCACCUACAGCAACAUCAGUGACAUACUGAGCGCCGGUGGCGCCGACGAGACCCUUUCGUACAUGGAGAAAUAUUGGAAGGACUACCAGGGCGAUGACGAGUCCUUCUGGGAGCACGAGUGGUCUAAGCACGGUACUUGCGUGAGCACCCUUGACCCGGACUGCUACACCAGCUACAAGCCCACCGAGGAGGUGGUCGACUACUUCGACCGCACCGUCUCGCUCUUCAAGAGCCUGCCCACAUAUGACUGGCUCGCCGCCGCUGGAAUCACCCCUGUAUCAACCAAGUACAGCCUCGAUAAGAUCCAGUCCACACUCGACAAGAAGCACGGUGCCACCGUCGUCCUCCGCUGCGAGGGCGACGAGCUCAAUGAGGUCUGGUACUACUUCAACGUCAAGGGCCCGCUGCAAACGGGAAAGUACGAGGCCAUCGACCCCGUCGGAACCAGCUCCUCUUGCCCUGAUUCGGUCAACUACACUCCCAAGUCUGGCGGUGGUAGUGGAAACUCUUCCAGCCUCCGUACUAGCAGCUACAGGGCCUAG